GUGCUGCGGCUGAUUGGUCUCGUUCGUAAAAAGUGUUGCAGCUGAUUGUUCUCUAAAUCUUGGAAAUAUCCGUUUAAAGUGCAUUUAAAUGCAUAUUGAUAAAAAUUUGUAUCAUUGUACGCUUGAUUUUCGGUUAGUUCUCGCAAGGUAAAAGAAAUCGUCAGAGAAGAUGUCUUCAGUUAAGGCUUUGUUUUGCAUGCUUGUAUGUUUCAUGGCCUUCGUAUCAAGCUGUCAAGGAGACUUAGAAAGCUUUGCUAAUAAAGCUUGGCAAACUGGGGUUCGCUACGCUCAACAAACUCGGCAAGCUUGGCAAGGGGCUGGAGAUAUGUUUGAUGCUUAUAGGGAGAUGAGAGAAGCCAAUACCAUAGGAGCAGACAAAUAUUUCCAUGCAAAGGGAAACUAUAAUGCAGCACAAAGAGGACCUGGAGGAAAAUGGGCAGCGGAAGUAAUCAGCGACGUUCGUGAGAUGUUACCUUUUCAGUCUUCCGGUAACCGUGCUGCAGAUUCCAUAUUGGAUAAAGAGGCGAAUGAAUGGGGAAGGAAUGGUGGAGAUCCUAACAAGUACAGACCUAAUUAUCUGAAUCCAAAAUAUUAAGAGAAAGACAAUUUACAGUAAUAUUUGUGCUAUUGUAACUUCUCUUGCUAUUGAUAAAAAUUCAAUGUAAAUUGAAUGAAACAUUGGACCAUUAUUUCUGUUGUUUCACUAGCUUUAUUUCUUGCAAAUGAGUAAAAAUAAAUUUGCAUAUCACUGUU